UCCUUGGAGGAAGGGCUGUUAGAAAAGCAGACAAGAAAACUCAGCCUUUCACAACAGUCCUUACUGACCUCUCUCGUUUUCUGCUUUAAAGCUGGAUGUCUAGAUUGGCGCUGCUGCUACAGAGAGGAGCUCCAACACAGCUGCUGUCCUCAGAGUCAGCCCCAGCCUCUAAGGAACCCUCUAUGUCUCCCCAGGUUUCUGAUCACAGCACUCGGAGGCCCUUGGUGCUAUGCUAUCCUGCCACAUGCCGAAUUUAAGGUGUCCAUCCAAGUGGCUCUUUGCCCCCCUCCUCCUUUUCGUGGCUGAGCUCGGCUGCAGUGCCCCACCCACUUACCAAUGGAAAGAUGCUGUGACGAACAAGAAGCUUACCUGCCAGCAGUGCCCGCCAGGGACCUUCGUGGCACAGCACUGCACCAGCGACAGACAGACAGUGUGCGCACCCUGCCCAGAUUUGCACUACACACAGUACUGGAACUACCUGGAGAAGUGCCGCUACUGUAAUGUCAUCUGCGAGGAGAAGCAGGUGGAGGUGCAGCAGUGCAAUUCCACCCACAACCGCGUCUGCCAGUGCCAGGAGGGCUACUACUCGGAGAUGGAGUUCUGCAUCAAGCACUCCGAGUGUCCGCCAGGCUCUGGUGUAGAGAAACUAGGUACCCCCUUCGAGAACACCCAGUGCCGCCCCUGCCCCCCCGGCUUCUUCUCUUCCUCCAACUCCAGCACCAAGCGGUGCCAGCCGCACCAGGACUGCAAGCAGCAGGGGAAGGUGACCAACGUGAAGGGCAACCAGUACCACGACACCCUCUGCACCUCCUGCACACCUGGGAGAAGCAACAGCACGCAGGGACCAGCUCCAGGAGACGAUGACUGUGAGCAAGCCGUGAUAGACUUUGUGGCAUACCAGAACAUCCCUAUCAAAAAGGUGAAGCGCCUGCAGCAAAUCCUGGAGCGCUCGCCUAGGAAGCCAGCGCUGGCCACCAAGGCACUCAUCCAGGAGAAGUUCAGGGCUUUCCUCACCCACCUGAAAGAGGUGCGCUCCGAGGUCACCAAGGACCUGCUGAACGCGCUGCAAGAUGCGAAGCUGCACUCUGUCAAGGAGAAGGUCCGCAAGCGUUUCCUCCUGUACUGAGAACACGAACUGAACUUUUUGGGUGGUUUUGGGGGGUUUUUGUGGUUUGUUUUUUUUUUUUCUUCUGUGGCUUCAUUAAUUUAUUAAGCAUUCCAAACCUAACUUGAAGUACAGUGUAUUGACGAAUGAUGGGUCAGGGUUGAAGCAUGCAGUGGCAGCUGCCAUGGGUCUUCCUCUGCAUGUGGCUGCAUUGUUGCCUCCGGGAUGGGAUGCUGUGAGCAACAGCAUCCCUGUGCCAGCAGCUGGUGCAGCUCCUGGCUGAUUUUCCAGCCCUCAGCAAGGGACAAUAUUUUAUCAGAAGAGAAACAUGCAGCCAGGGUAAUUUUUUCUGGGGAAGAACCCCGCUCCCCCUUUUAGGCAACUGUCUGGCUUUGUUUUAAACUGUGUGAUUCUGUUUCAGUUGGUUUUAUUUUGUUGUUGUUAUUUAACAGUAUUUCCCACAGAGGAUUCACUUGCAUUUAUUUGUCAUGCUUUAGUUCGGAGAAAGGCGUUUACUGCUGAGACAGACACUGGGUGAGGGAUGUCCCUGGAGUCACUGGUACAGCCACCUUUAAAUUAAUUUCUAAACUACCUGUUUUUAUACCAUAUGUGAGAAAUGUUUUCUAAAGAAAGAAAUCAAAGAAGUUAUUUUGUUAUAUGA